AUUUUUUUGUUUUACAAAAGGAAAAUUUGCCACGUCAUUCAGAAUUAACAAAAAAUUCUCAUCAAAAUAGUUCUUAGCCGCGACAAUAAGCUCUUCGUCGGAAUUGUUCAUUCCCAAAAGAAUAUAUAGGAUUUACCGGCUCUGAACUAUUUCAUGGGUCUCCGAUUUCUAGAGUUUCGGCCAAGAAACGUAAGGCGAAUUGGUUUUGGAAACUGAAACAGUGGAAGAUUGAUGCUCAUCGCAAGCAAUGUAUUUAUCACUGGAAGAGAGCAAAUGUAGGUGGAGAGGAAAAUAGCUCUAGACUGAGAUCUCUGCGUGAUUAAUUGACUGAUAGAAGAACAGCCAGCAACAGGUUUUCUCACCUUCAGGCUUCGAGGAUUGAUCAUGAACGAGGGAGCUUCGAGUUCACCAGAUGCGAUGAUGAUAAUGAUGAUAAUGACGAAUAUGUGGAAAGAGAAUCGUCUACUCUAUUGCACUUACCUUCGUGAUACAAUUGGUUUGCUCGCUGGCUCCACCAUUAUGCUUCUCACUGUAAUCUGGGUGACCUUCGUGAUACAAUUGCUGUAAACAACCAAGACACUAAACGCUUAAGUCUCAAAGGCGAGAAGAAAAAAGUUUUAAACAUCUGCAGAAGCUUUCCAUGACAAACAAAGGAGUCUAACGGCGGAAAAGUAAACGGAUGUAUGCAGCGGCUUCCCUAUAUUUGCAAGAAGAAGAAGAAGACCGGUGAGAGACAGAGAAGCCGAUUGAUUGGUGAGACAAAGCCGUAGCCAUUCUGGAGGAAAGGAAUCGAAUUUGCGAUUAGUUCUUCAGCUUAGCAUAAUAAUCUAUGUGAUUAAAAGAUCUAAAACGAUAGAAGGGAAGAUCUAAAACAAUAGAAGGGAAGAGUUCUUUGAGUCUCUCUUAAGUUGGGUGUUUCUAAAAGAUCGGCUUCCUCAGGGAGUGACAACUAAUUGGACAAGUGAGACAAAAGAACAUUAUUUUGGCCAAUUAUACGGAACGUGUAUUGUUUUUAGUCUAGGGGAUUAUAUAUAUAAGCGCAUUAUUGUGUUGAGGUUAAUAGGAAACCAAAUUUGAACAACAGUGCGGCAAAACAACCUCUCGUGGGGUUGUAGAGACCAUUACUCGAUUUAUAUAAACUGUAUCAAAGUUUAACUAC